CGUAUGGUAAAGCUUGUCCUUCCUGUGUCGCCGUAGAAAUGAUAAACACUGACAAGCAGCUGUUCCUCCAGUAUUAUGUUACAGACUUCACGUGUGAGACUUUACUGCGUGUAGUGUAACCGUGUCUUAUAGAAGAAACCUAUUUCUAUCACCAUAAUAAUGGAGCCCGUUAUAUUAAUGAAGCCUGGAGCGUCCAAGUGGGAUAUUCGUCAGAAAGUUUGGGACUACAUCGAGGAAAACAACCUGGCAAACUUCCCAAGGCCUGUUCACAACAGGAUCCCAAAUUUCAAGGGUGCAAAUCAAGCAUGCAACAGGCUUACAGACCUGCAGGAUUUCAAGUCCAGCCAGACAGUCAAAGUAAACCCAGACAGACCCCAGCAGCAGGCACGCUUUGUCACUCUUGAAGCGCGGAAAACCUUAUUGGUCCCAACUCCUCGCCUUCGCACGGGUCUUUUCAAUAAUAUUACUCCUCCGCAGGGGGCCAGCAAAGAGCAGCUGCGCAUAUGUUCCUCCUCUCAGGGUGUGAAAGACUUCAGUGUGCCUGUUGGCCUGGAUGCGAAGGUGAAGGUAGACCUGGUGGUGGUCGGCUCUGUGGCAGUGUCAGAGAAAGGCUUUCGGAUCGGGAAAGGAGAGGGCUAUGCUGACAUGGAGUAUGGCAUGAUGGCCUCAAUGGGAGCUGUGGAUGACUCUACUGUGGUGGUUACUAUCGUGCAUGACUGCCAGGUUGUGGAUAUUCCAGAAGCGUUAAUAGAAAAGCAUGACCUGACUGUGGACUACAUCCUCACACCCACCAGAGUUAUAAAAACAAAUUGCCUGCGUCCAAAGCCACAGGGAAUCAUCUGGACUAAGCUGGACACUGAAAAGCUGGAGAGGAUCCCCAUCCUGAAGAAGCUGCAUGCUCUGGAGGACCAGGCUGGAAAGGAUGUAACACUGGGGGCGGUGCCUCUUGCAGCAGAGCCUGGUCUGCAGAUCACGCAGCCCAGAAGGCAAACCAGACGGAGGCCAAGGCAGAACACGCAGCAGGAUGCUGAGGGAGAAUCCAAACAGGAGAAAGGAGCAGUGUCAGAACCAAAAGCCAGACAGCGCCCAGCUAGAGUCAGGAAAGAAAGCAGAGGAGAUGGCGGGGGAGGUAAUAAGGGAGAAAUCAGUGAGAGAGGAAAGGAAAGAAGAGGAGGGAACAUGAAGGAGAAGGGCUCAGAGGAGGGUGGAAGUGAAGUCAUGUCUCAACGUAAGCUCCCUCCAAGUGUGACCACAGUUUACCUGGGGGGUAUCCCUGCUGGGCUGCGUGUUAGCGAGCUGAAAACUGCCCUCAGGGAGAGAGAGGCCGCCCCACUCAGGCUCACCUGGCAGGGAGCUCAACACAGGGCCUUCCUAGACUACAUUGACCUUCAGGCUGCAGAGCUGGCCCUGGAGGCUCUGCAGGAUCUCACUCUGAAUGGUCACAGUCUGCAGGCUGAGUUGGCUAAAAGCCAGCGGGGAAGCAAGAGACCAGGACAGUCCAAAAGGGGACCAAGACCAUCAGCUCCAAAAACCAAAACAGCACCAGAUACUAAAGGUGACAUCAAUGAAAUGACAGAGAAGUAACAGCAACAGGCAAUCCACUAAAUGACUUUAAAUGCCUUAAAGAGUGUUUAGUUUGUUUUUUUAAUCUUUUUGGAUUUAUUGCAAGUUGACCUCAGUAAUAUAAACCUCUUAGACAUCUAAAGUGACUGCUAAGGCUAAUGAGCUUAACAGAAUAUUUCACUUAUGCAAUGGCUGAAUCCCAGUAUCAUGAAACAUUUCACUAGAAAUGUGAUUGGUAGAACCACGUCUAUGUGCCUUGUUUGUUUAAACACACACCUGCUAUGUGUCCCGAGAGCCUUCAUUGCUUGAAGGCAUUCCUUCUUGAGUAAUUAUUUUGAGAUAGAUGCAGUCUUUUUGUUAAGUGAGUAUUGAGUGUUAGGUACAUUUUAUUUUCACAACCAGCUAUCAGUAUUACCUCCUCCAAGACGGUUGUUUUCAGAUCUACUUGCCUUUUUUUUGGUUAUCUCUAAGCUAAGGCCAUGGGCCAUAGAAGAACUGGUUAGUUUUUGUUACAGAGAGCGCCACCAUGUGGUCAUUUAAUCAGUUCAUACAAUCCUGAUGGGUCCUGAGCCAUGAGUAGCAAUGAAAUCAUCAGUCCCUCUUUCUCACAUUCAUAUAAUCCAUAUAAACCACACCAAUGUCUCACCACUCCCACAAAUUUCACCCAGUCUUCACAAAAUCUAUAACACUUGACUUAAACACUUUUUUUUUCUAUUUCACUUUCAAAUCGUCAAAUAGAUGUGGUCCAUUUGACAUAAAUUGUCUCGAGUUUUGAACAUCUUGUGCAGAUACAACCAAAUUUAGAAGACAUGAACGUAUUAGAAAUUGUUAGGCCAUUUUGCUUACAGUCUAUAGUAAUAGUAAAACAUUGAAUAGCCAUAAUGUAGCUGUGAUGGCUCUGACUCUUGUCCUCAACAUAACAACAUUUUGACUAAGGUGUGGAUCUAGAUGCAGACUGUAAGCAUCUGUUUCCUUAAAAAAUAACACAUUUAGAGGCCAAUAGCCUUGUUGGAGCUAUGAUUUUUGAUUUUUUUCGUUGCUUAGGUUUUCUUCAGAAUAUUUUGGAAAUAGACAUUGUACAUUUAAGCAGUGAUAUUUGUAGCUUUUAAAAAUAACAUAUCCAUGGUGUUCUGUCCUGGUUAGGUCAGUUUGAGUAUGAAGGCAGCCUCAACACUUGGAUAAGAAUAUGCUACCAUGCCAGGAUGGACUGUUGCAGUGUUGAUGCAUUUGUUUGUAGCAAAUUCUAACGUCCACUACUAAAACGUUUGA